GGCUGGCUCCUAUAAAACUCCUCUCCCCAGAGUGAGGAAACCAGAGGAGUUAGCAGCCAUUCACACGACUGAUUCUCUCCCAGCUGACACAAGGAGUAUUUCAGAUUUCACACACUGUUUUUUUAAACCGGGACCAUGAUGAUCCCAAGCGUCAUCGCGCCUCCUGCCCUCUACCCGGGGCUGUACCGACCCGCCGCGGCUCUGCCGCUCCCUCAGACUCUGCCGUCCGCCUUUCCGACCCACUCCAGCUUUCUAGUGGAGGACCUGCUGCGGAUAAGCCGCCCAGCCGCCUUCAUAAACCGGACUGUCCCGUCAGCGAGCGCCACCACCACCGUGUCCUUCAGCUGCACGCCCGCGGAGCGCGCGAUAGCUACGACCGCGGUGACGCGCGAAUCGUGCUCGCCGAAAACGUCGCUGCCGAGCAGCAAGGACCCAACUUUUCUCAAGUUUGGAGUGAGCGCCAUCCUCGCACCUUCACCAAAGACCACGUCCUCACCCCCUACAGUCCACAGCCUGCACUCCAAGACCUUCCCCUUCCCCUGCUUUGACGGAACCUUUCACCCCAUAUUCAGGACGCCUUAUUUACCAGCAUCUUCAUCUGUUGUUCCCAUCCCCGGGACUUUUUCAUGGCCUCUGGCCGCAAGAGGGAAACCCCGGAGAGGGAUGCUGAGGAGGGCGGUGUUCUCGGACGUACAGCGGAAGGCCUUGGAGAAAAUGUUUCAGAAACAGAAAUACAUCAGCAAGCCCGACAGGAAGAAACUGGCCUCCAAACUGGGCCUAAAAGACUCACAGGUGAAAAUCUGGUUCCAGAACCGGCGGAUGAAGUGGAGGAACUCCAAGGAACGAGAGCUGCUGUCGUCCGGUGGCUGCCGUGAGCAGACGCUGCCCACCAAAGCCAACCCGCACCCGGACCUGAGCGACGUGGGCAAGAAGUCCUCAGCUGAGGAUGAAGAAGAGGAAGAAGAGGAGGAGUUCGGAAGAGAGAGAAUGAGGGCGGAAGGCUCCAGCAUCUCCUCUCCUUCUCUCUCCAGUAAGCACUCAGACUUCUCAGAGUCAGAUGAAGAAGAAAUAACAGUAUCUUAAUUUAUUUAAAAACAAAAAACAAACAAACAAAAAAACAAAUAUAAAAUAUAACCCAUGUUUUGUUUUUAUAUGAGACUGUGACCAGAUUUGUAAGAAACAAACCCCAUAAAUGUCAUUGUUCAAACAAUAAGUUUCACUCAAGUUUGUUGCUUCAUCAGGAUCUGCUUCUGAGAUACAAUUUGCUGUUUUGCACAGCUUUGUUCAAUUGUACAGUAUUUUGUACAAUUUUGUAUGGAAAUUUUAUGCCAAGAAUAUUAAGUUACUUUUGCCUUGACCUUGAAUAGAGUUGUUUAUUGAAGAAAUGUAGCUAUUUCGUUAAUAAUUUAUAUGAAUCUGUUUAAUAAGUGCGUUGUAUUAUGUGCUGUAUAUAUGUUUAUUUCACAUUUUUUGUACAAACACCAAAUAAAAUUGUAAACAAGUCCAAGUGAAGAACAUGUGUGUGCUGUUGUUGAAAAACGGGCACUGUUUCACAAAAUUAAAUCAUAAAUAAUCAUUAAUUUUUAUUGAAUCACAAUAACUUAAGACUAGUACAGUGAUAUCAGAUUUAAUUCUCCGAGCCCUGGACAGACCAGUGAUGACAAGCAAUCAUCAAUCUGCUCUGAUGUAAAGAGACUGUACACAAAAUACUCCUUUUCAAGUACUGUAACAAAUCAGCUAGAAAAAGUCAUCAAAAUGCUGCAAGAUAACCAACUAUUUACAGAGUUAUGUUACAUAUAAAAAAUGUACAUAGCAAAGAAGGCUAAACAUUCAUUGAGUUUGUGAGUAAUAAACAGACAGACUGGUCAAAUGCUUCGACAACAUCCACACCUCUCAGAGCAGGCUUUUCACAAGACAAACACAAUCAGUCUCUUUGUGCUUACAAGGACUGUAGCAGGAGAGCCUCUAUGAAUUACACAGACACACAUAUGGACAAAGAACAUUUGCCACAAAUCCGAAAAGUCUUUAACAAAUCUGGUUCCAUGCUGUACGUCUCGGCAGUGCUGAAAUCGGGGGGGGGGCAAAUGCACGUUGAGCUUUUGGCUCCCAUUUGGAGAUCAGAAUGAAUGUUGCAUAGCAUCGGUGACAAAAACAGUGAAAGUGAUGGAAGCCGCGCUGAACUACAUGACCCCCGGCUUUUAAACGUCUGCCUGCCCUUCCCAGAAGGCAGGCUGGGAGGUUUAAAACAAAAGAUUAAGUACAAUAACUUUUAUUUCUUUUAAGCCAUAGAAAUGAUGUCAAACCGUUUUACAUUAUCAUUCAACCACAAGUACCUUUAUACCUUUAACCUCUGAUUACUUACAUCACUAUAAACAAAGCAGCAUAUACACUAGUUUUCACUUAAUUAGUUCAACAUGUUUGUUAUGACAGUUCUGUUCAUCACAAAUCACAUAAUCAGAACAGACCAUGAGCGUGGCGAAAGCAUAGUUAAAGGAUGGGGAUGAGGUAUAAAAUCAACACAUUUUUCUUAAACUUUCCUCACCCAGUCAACCUGCAAAAAGUUCUGAUUUCAAGCACCAAAACACUUCUUUAUAUUUUUCUUUUCUUGCUAGUGGUCCAGAUAUUUACACCAGCUUGUCAGCAACUGGGUCAUACAUGCAUACAACUUAAUUUGAAACCCAAACUACUGCUUCUCAUUCACGUCUCUCCAAUCCCAUGGCAUCGGUGUUUGAUAUGAUGAGAGGUCGACCCUGCUCCUCAACAACCGGAGGGUGCUCAAGGGGAGAGUCGACUCAGAGCCCUGUUAGGUUUUACAGCCAUUUAGACAAAUAAAGAAUCAGCUAAUGCACAUAGUCUGUUAGAAAAGAGUAAGGCAUUGUUUAAGAGUUCAGUCCAGCACCAAAAGAGAUUUGUGCUACAACAACCUGUUUAGGCCAGUGUGCGUGGGGAUCUCAAAGGAUUAUAAGGGGUCAAAGCAAGAACUUAGAAAUUGUUUGAGGCGUCAUAUUUGUGAAAUUACACAUAAAGUUACAACACAGAUAGAAAAGGACAUUAUCAUAAAUAUUAUUAAAGUUAAAAGGAUUAAUCAAGCCGUAGUGAAUGUUAAUUUCCCAGUUAGCACCAUAUCCUCCUGAAAGUCUUGUUUUUUGUGAGAACUAGGUCUUUAAAGGGAUCAGAUUUUGUUCUUGCCUUUGUAAAAUUAUCUUCACAUGUACUGGGUAAGAAAAGCUUUUUAUUUCCAGUAGGUCUGACUGGUGUCUGUGUUUACAGUUGUGUUUUUGGCUGAUAAGAUUUGUGCACUCACUAUGUUAUUCUGCUCCAUUUCAAAGGAGCUGCUGUCUGGUGGAACAGGGAGAUGGGAUCUAACCACUGGGCCAUAUGAUGCGCCAACUCCAAAAGAAACAUGUCGGCAGGACUGUGGUGAGAAUUUUUGGUUAAAUCAAGACCGGGGGGAUGGCAGAUGUUGACAUUGUUCUGGUGAAACAGUGUUUUUGCUGUGUUUCCCAAGUUUAUAUAAUUGAUUUUCAUAUAUAAACACACCAGUUCUCAUUCUUUUUGUCCAUUAAGGGCUUGGAAUGCAGACAUUUAAUUAAAAAAAACACUCAGAUUUACAUGUAUCUGUAAGAGCUAUUAUUAGUGCUCUCUUUAAUUAUUUGUUUGUGGACACACAAUACUUUUACAUAAAUGAUCUCUCUCAGGAGUUUUUGGAGGUGAGAGUGGGCAUUCUGUGGGACUUAACAUUCACUUUGGCUCAGUUUGUUCCCCAGCAAUCACACAUGCAACUUCAGCUGCAGAGGAGGAGGAGAAGCAGAAAGUAGCUGGCUGUUUAUCCAUCCAUCCAUCCAACCAGUAGCAGCCUCAUCUGUGCUCUCAGCAGCUCAGUGGCUCAGGCUCACUGAUGCUCAAGAGACGAGGGCCUGUAUUACCAUCUGCUGGCAGCUUAGGUGCACUGCGGCCCAGGAAGGACCAGGAGUAUCUCCGACUGAUGAUGAGCUGGAGCUGCUGCUGCCACUCGGUUGAGGAUGGAGGACUCCUGGCUGGUGUUUAGGUAUGCUGAUGGCUGGAUGAUGAUGGUAAUGAUGAUGCCUCACCAACAGUGACAGGCUGUGUGCUUUUAUUCUGUCUCUCUGAAGUAGAUGUCAGGCUCCUGACAGGAGCCACGGGCCACAGCGGUGAAAAAAAAAAAAAAAAAAAAAAAAGACAAAA